AUGACGGCAUCAUUAGCAAGCUCUGACGAGGGCGAGAUUCGUGAUGGAGUAGUGGAGAAGAAGGCAACUACGUCGCUGCGUACACCCGGUAGCACUUCCGUUGACCGUCAAGACAGAACCCGUUCUAGUACGACUUCUUUAUCACCACGCUCCCCCGAACAAUUAUAUAGAUCUAGAGAUCAAAGAAGUCGUUCCCCUUAUUCUGACCGACACUCUCGAGGUUCGAAGAGACCUAGAGAUGACGACUACCCAGACCGUAGUAGAAACGAUUCAAGACGAUUCAAGGUUCAUUACGAAGAUUAUUCUCAAGACAAUAGACGCCGCCCACGGGUUUCAUACGAAGACAUAGACAAGGGGCCAACGAACUCAUCCGAAUUACGAUAUGACGAUCAUGAUUAUCGGGAUAGGCAUCCCGAAAAACGUCCUCGAACCAGAAGUCGUUCGCCUUACCGAGCUAAUCGUGAAGGAGAUAGAAGUGGACGAAAUGGGCAAUCAGUAAACAACGGCAACCGGUAUAGUGACUAUGCGGAUAGAAACAAGCCUUAUGGGUAUGGAGGUUCAUACCGAAGUUCAAGAGACCAGUCAGUGAGCAAUCGGGGAAAGGGCCCGCUGCCUACUGAUAAUUCGAGACAUGAGGCUAAAACUACUCAAGGGCAAUUGCAACAGCAUAAACAUCAACGUGAUGGAAGUGAGAUGGAUAUGUAUGCUAUUGAUCAAUCCCUUCGUGUUGAGCAUUUACUGAUGCAACUUAGAUCUACCCCUGCUGAAGAAGCUUCUAAUGAAAUUCCUGAAGAAGAGCCAAUUGAUGAAGCUACAUUAAUAGAACAGCGACGCAAGCGCCGCGAGGCAAUUAAAGCUAAGUAUCGAGGUUCUGGUACACCCUUGUUAGUACAAGCUUUGCACUUAGGAGACAAAUCUGGAGGAUCCACUCCUGGACAAGGCGAAGAUGAUAGCCCUUCAGGCCCAACCGGUAAGCAGACUACACUGCAUUGCAAAAUCCUCUCUGAUUCGUUAGCCUCAGCUUCACCUACCGCCUCGACUCCAGGGACCCCUAUGGACCCAGGAUCCCCAUCCGCUUUCGCAAUCACGGAUGAUCAGGAUCUUGUCAACUCACACGGAGUCCCAACAGCAGAUGAGGAAGAUGGACCUUCAGCCGCAGAUUAUGAUCCAACUAUGGAUAUGAGAGAAGAUAGACAGCGCGACGGACAACGCCAUUUUGAUGAGAUAUCCUCUGGGGCAUACAACGAAACAAAGCCAACAUCUGAACAAGAUGUCCUCCUUCCUGCCGAAAUCGCACCCGCUGAAGUCAAAGCACCAAAAUCGAAGGACGAAUUUGAUAUGUUUGCAGACGAUGACGACGACGAUAUGUUUGCCGAAGAUUCAGUCGCGGAUGAUAAGCCUCAAGCUAUCACGAAUGGUGAUGUUGCCAAAGCAGUGCCUAUUCCACAGGCUAAAGAGCUCGACAUCGGCAUGCUCGAUAACUGGGAUGAUCUUGAGGGUUAUUACAAGAUUAUCCUUGGUGAACUCUUGAAUGGUAGAUAUCAUGUCCAAGCAAAUCUUGGAAAGGGUAUGUUCUCGGGCGUGGUUCGAGCUAUGGACAUCACUACCAAAAAGUUGGUCGCAAUUAAGCUUAUUAGGAAUAACGAGACUAUGAGGAAGGCUGGAAUGAAAGAGAUUGAGAUUCUGGAAAAGAUCAAAGAUGCAGAUCCAGAGGACAAAAAACAUAUGAUACGUCUAGAGCGAUACUUUGAGCACAAAGGUCAUUUGUGUAUGGUUUUCGAACAUUUGAGUAUCAAUUUGCGUGAGGUUCUGAAAAAAUUCGGAAACAAUGUUGGUAUCAAUCUCAGGGCUGUGCGAGCAUAUGCUCAUCAAAUGUUUCUCGGGCUCAGCUUGAUGAAGAAGGCCAAUAUCUUGCACGCGGAUCUAAAACCUGAUAAUAUUUUGGUGAAUGAAACUCGCAAUAUGCUCAAAAUUUGUGAUUUGGGAUCCGCUUCAGACGCGACGGAUAACGAGAUCACUCCCUAUCUUGUUUCUCGUUUCUAUCGUGCACCAGAAAUUAUUCUUGGUAUGAAAUACGACUUCGCCAUUGAUAUUUGGUCUAUUGGGUGCACCUUAUAUGAAUUGUAUACCGGUAAAAUCCUAUUCACUGGUAGAUCAAAUAAUCAAAUGUUACGCUCCAUCAUGGAUUGCCGCGGAAAGUUUUCAGUCAAGAUGUUAAAAAAAGCCGAUUUUGCUGGAAUUCAUUUUGAUGAUAUGUUGAAUUUCAGAAGCGUUGAACCAGACAAAUUGACUGGCAAGGAUGUCGUUAAGACAAUGGCAUUCGCAAAGCCAAGUAGAGAUCUUCGAACUCGUCUAAUUUCGGCAUCAAAGGGGCUAACAGAGGUUGAGCAGAAGGAGUUGACAUUGUUUGGGGAUUUACUGGAAAGAUGUUUGGCGCUCAACCCAGAGAAACGAAUAACACCCACGGAAGCAUUGAAGCACCCUUUCAUCGCAAAAUUGAUGAAAUAA